UCUCCAUCUCUCUCUCUCUCUCUCUCUCUCUCUGUGUGUGUGUGUCUUUCAAGUGAACAACACCACCACCAUCACCACCAUGAAUACCCACAUCGCAAAGCUCAAAACUUUCCCCAUUUUCUUAUCUGGGUUCAUGUUCCUUUCACUCAUCCUCUAUGCCAACUCACAACCCAUUUCACAAGAUGCCCCUGCAAUGCUUGCUCUCAAGAGCACCCUCAACCCACCCGAAUCUCUUGGUUGGACCGGGUCCGACCCAUGCAAGUGGAACCAUGUCGUUUGCUCCGAAGACAGCCGGGUCACCCGAAUACAAAUCGGUCGCCAAGGCCUUCAAGGUACGCUUCCUAACAACAACAACAACAACACCCUCCAAAGCCUGACCCAAUUGGAGCGCUUGGAGCUCCAAUUUAACAACAUUUCGGGUCCUCUUCCAACCUUGAGCGGGUUGAGUUCGCUCCAAGUUAUCAUCCUUAGUAACAACGGGUUCACUUCCAUACCCAGCGAUUUCUUCGCUGGCAUGUCUCAGCUUCAAUCUGUUGAGAUCGACAACAACCCUUUCAAAAGUUGGGAAAUCCCCGAUAGCCUUCGAAAUGCUUCGUCUCUUGUGAACUUCUCAGCUAAUUCAGCAAACAUCAUGGGCAAAAUCCCAGAUUUUUCUGAACUUGUUGGGUUGACCCAUUUGCAUUUGGCCUUCAAUAGCCUCGAGGGUGUGUUGCCUUUGAGCUUUUCUGGGUCGCAGGUUCAGACUCUGUGGUUGAAUGGGCAAAAGGGUGAUGCUAUUCUUGGGGGCACUGUUGAGGUUCUACAAAACAUGACUUCCUUAACUCAGGUUUGGUUACAUUCCAAUGCGUUUACUGGGCCCUUGCCAGACUUUUCAGGCUUACAAAGCUUGCAAGAUUUGAGCUUGAGAGAUAACUCUUUUACUGGUCCUGUUCCUGGUUCAUUGGUGAGCCUUAAGUCACUUAAAGUUGUGAACUUGACUAAUAACUUGUUUCAGGGGCCAGUGCCUGUGUUUGGUUCUGGGGUAGAGGUCGAUUUGACUAAGGAUUCGAAUAGCUUUUGCUUGUCGGGCCCUGGUGAUUGUGAUCCCAGGGUGAAGAUUAUGCUUUCUAUUGUUCAGUUUAUGGGGUAUCCCAAAAGGUUUGCUGAGAGUUGGAAGGGGAAUGAUCCAUGUGCUGAUUGGUUUGGGAUUACUUGUAAUAAUGGGAACAUUACUGUUGUUAAUUUUCAGAAGAUGGGUCUUACGGGUACAAUAUCCCCAGCUUUUGCCUCACUUAAAUCACUGCAAAGAGUGGUGCUUGCUGAUAAUAAUCUCACUGGUUCAAUUCCGGGGGAGCUUACUACUCUGCCUGAGCUUACUGAAUUGAAUGUUGCAAACAAUCAGCUUUAUGGAAAAGUCCCAAAUUUUAAGAGCAAUGUGAUGGUUAACACAAGUGGUAACAAGGAUAUAGGAAAAGAUAAACCCAGCCCAACUCCUAUAGGUCCACUAUCGCCAAACUCAACAGCUCCAAACACAAGGGAAGAAAAUGGCAGCAAAAAAUCUUCCCAUUUAGGAGUAAUUUUGAUUGCCGUGAUUGGGGGUGUAGUGUUGGUUUUGGUGAUUGGUUUCUUAGUUUUCUGCUUGUAUAGGAUGAAGCGAAAGCGGUUAAGCAGGGUACAGAGCCCGAAUGCACUAGUUAUUCACCCCCGUCAUUCUGGAUCAGAUAAUGAAAGUGUGAAGAUAACAGUUGCAGGCUCAAGUGUCAGUGUUGGUGCUGUUAGUGAAACCCAAACCGUACCUGGAAGUGAGACAGGGGACAUCCAGAUGGUUGAAGCAGGAAACAUGGUAAUUUCUAUACAAGUCCUGAGGAAUGUCACGGACAAUUUCAGCGAGAAAAAUAUAUUGGGACAAGGUGGGUUUGGAACAGUUUAUAAAGGGGAACUGCAUGAUGGUACGAAAAUUGCAGUGAAAAGAAUGGAGUGUGGGGCAAUAACUGGGAAAGGUGCAACAGAAUUUAAGUCUGAAAUUGCUGUUUUGACUAAGGUUCGCCACCGGCAUCUUGUUUCUCUUCUUGGUUACUGCUUGGAUGGGAACGAAAAACUUCUUGUGUAUGAGUACAUGCCUCAGGGGACACUAAGUAGACAUUUAUUCAACUGGUUAGAAGAAGGACUGAAACCACUUGAGUGGAAUAGAAGAUUAACCAUUGCCUUGGAUGUGGCAAGGGCUGUUGAGUAUCUGCAUAGCUUGGCCCAUCAAAGCUUUAUACAUAGGGACUUAAAGCCUUCAAAUAUUCUCCUUGGAGAUGAUAUGAGGGCUAAGGUUUCAGAUUUUGGUCUUGUGCGUCUUGCUCCCGAAGGAAAAGCUUCAAUAGAAACAAGAAUUGCAGGAACUUUUGGAUAUUUGGCACCAGAAUAUGCAGUUACUGGUCGUGUGACAACUAAAGUUGAUGUGUUCAGCUUUGGGGUAAUAUUGAUGGAACUGAUAUCUGGAAGAAGAGCACUUGAUGAGACCCAGCCAGAGGAUAGCAUGCAUCUUGUAACAUGGUUCCGUAGAAUGUACAUAAAUAAGGACACAUUCCGCGAGGCCAUUGACCGCACAAUCGAGCUCAACGAGGAAACGCUUGCUAGUAUUCACACAGUAGCUGAGUUAGCUAGCCAUUGCUGUGCUAGGGAGCCAUAUCAAAGACCUGACGCGGGUCAUGCAGUUAAUGUGCUUUCUUCUCUUGUAGAACAAUGGAAACCAUCUGAUCACAGUUCUGAAGAUAUAUAUGUAAUUGACUUAGAUAUGUCUUUACCACAAGCACUCAAGAAGUGGCAGGCUUAUGAAGGUAGAAGCCAAAUGGAAUCAUCUUCUUCUUCACUCCUUCCAAGCUUGGAUAACACACAGACAAGCAUUCCUACGCGUCCAUAUGGAUUUGCCGAGUCUUUCACAUCAGCAGAUGGUAGGUGAUAACGUUUUGUUGUAAAUAAUUGUAAUUGUAAUGAUGGUUAUGUGGUGUUGUAAUUUCAUUCUCUUUGCUUCUUGCUUGCUUUUCUACUUGAACUUGUGUAUCAUUUUUCUUGUUGUAGUCUCUUCCACGGUUAAUCUUACACUUCUUCAGCGUUUGGUUACAGACUGCUAAGUUGAGAUUAGAUUCUUAGCACGAUAUGUAUUAAUUUCUCAUUUCAGUUCUUGUUUUUGUC